AGUAGUCAGGCCUGUGGAAGUCGGAAGCAGGAGACUACCAGUGACAUGAAGAGCAGCAGUGUAGACAAACGAAGGAGCUCUCAUCGCAGCAGGGACAGGUCAAGGGAAAGACGAAGAAGUCGUAGUGAAGAGAGACGCCGCCGGAGUUCACCUAGUAGCAGGCGAGAUGUGCGACAGCACUUGCGAGAUGAGCCAAGGCAGCGUAGUUCACACCGAAGCCGGUCACAUCAUUCAACAUCUUCUAGAGAUCGUCACCGUGACUCAUCUCGCCCCAGGUCAUCUAAUCACAGAAGAGCUUCACCACGUUCUCAUUGUUCUCCAAGACUCGUCCAACAUACAGACAGGAGACAUGAUUACCAUGAUGAGAGACGGAAGAGAAGUGAAAUGGAAGAGAAAGAGAGGAGGCUAAGCACAAGUAGGAGCUUCUCAACCAGAACAGGCAGGCAAUCUCCAGAGGAUGGGGAUCAGUCGGAGGAUGAAAUUUCUGGUGGUCAGGAACCUGAGCCAGACGAUGCAGAGGAGGAAGAUUAUCUUUUGGAAUCUGCACGGUGGAUUCGUAGCAGCCCUGCAGAGCUGUAUUAUCGAAAAGAUGAAAAGGUUUCAGGGCUUGUCACAGGAACGACGAAGCUGCACGCCCUGCAAGACAAAUUUAGACACGAGUUGGUGGAACGAGGAGCACGGGUGAAAAGCAAGCAAGAGCCAUACAAUCCUCCUCCUCGAAAGAAGAAGCUCUGCAACCCCAAGUCACAUCCCAUUGCCAACCGUGGUACAAGUGAUUCCUCAAGCAAUGAAUCUGAGUCUGAUGAUGACAAUGCCAUGGAGGAGUUGGAAGUGAAAAGGAAGCACCCAUACCGACUACACCAGGAACUGUGGUACAAUGAUCCUGGAGAAAUGAAUGACGGCCCUUUGUGCCGAUGCAGUGCCAAGGCUCAGCGAUCAGGCAUUCGGCAUGGAAUUUAUCCUGGGGAGGAGCCGCUCACUUCUUGUGACCCCAACACUAAUAACAUUGGGCGUUUGCACCAUUAUCGUAUUGUAGUCACUCCACGUACCAAUUUUUCUGUGAAGUGCCCUACCACCAUCAAGCAUGAUGGGCAUGAAUUUGCAUUUGAAGGCUUCUCUCUGCUUUCACAUUGGCCACUUCCAAAGCUGCCUACGUGCCGAGAGAUCAGAUUCAACAUUGAGUAUGCAGUACUCUAUAUAGAAGAGCAAAUGCCUGAGAACUUCACUGUAGAAGGCCUUGAACUCUUUACACGUUACUUGUUCUUCGAAGUGCUAGAAAUGCUUGACCUCGACUGGCGGGCUCAUGGAGACAAGGACGGGUGCCCUAGGUUCCACUUCAUGCCUCGGUUUGCACGAAAAUUGGAAGACAAUGGGAAGGAGUUGUUGUCACUGAAUGUUGUGCUGAGCUACCUUCUGAACAAGAAUGUACCGCUGGUGUCAGCUGCGGAGCUGCCCCACCUCUUCAAGACGUCUCAAAGCAAGUGGCAGGCAUAUGCUGACCAGGUGAAGGGCAUGAUUGUUGUGAAUCCAGGCAUGAAGCCAUGUGCUCUUCGUGUGGACCAGCUGGACCGGGAGCUGUGUAAUGAAGAAGGCACCGUGUUUCCUGAGAUUGUACACUUCGGCAUCCGACCACCGCAACUCAGUUAUGCUGGAAAUCCCAUGUACCAAAAAGCAUGGCGAGACUACGUAAAGUUUCGCCACUUGCUUGCCAACAAGCCUAAGGUGCUUUACUCUGACCGGCACAAGCUACUCCAGAAGGAAGUCAAGCUUCAGGAGAUGAGACUCAAAAGCAACUUGAAGAGGGGUGUCACUGUGGUAGUAAGCAGUAAGGGGUUCUACCGGACGGGCAUCAUGUGUGAUGUUGUACAGCACGCUCUGCUCCUUCCUGUGCUCGUGUGCCACCUUCGCUUCCAUAAGUCCUUGGACUUCCUCGAAAGCAUCAUUGAGACAGAAUUCAAGGAUCGUUAUCUUCUUCAGCUGGCAUUGACACACCCAUCUUACCGGGAGAACUUUGGCACAAACCCAGAUCAUGCACGCAACUCGCUGACCAACUGUGGUAUCAGGCAGCCUGAAUAUGGGGAUCGACGGAUACACUAUCUAAACACCCGGAAACGAGGCAUCAACACGUUGAUCAAUAUCAUGUCGCGCUUUGGCCGUCAAGAGGAAACAGCAUCCAGCAUAAGCCACAAUGAGCGGCUGGAGUUCCUUGGGGAUGCAGUUGUGGAGUUUCUUUCUAGCAUCCACCUUUUCUUUAUGUUCCCUGAUCUUGAAGAAGGUGGUUUGGCUACCUAUCGAGCCGCCAUUGUCCAGAAUCAGCACUUGGCCGUACUUGCCAAGAAAUUGGAGCUGGAGAAGUACAUGCUGUAUGCUCAUGGUUCUGACCUCUGCCAUGAUUUGGAGCUACGUCACGCCAUGGCAAACUGCUUUGAGGCACUUAUGGGUGCCCUCUUUCUGGAUAGUGGCAUCAAGGUGGCGGACAAGGUCUUUUCUGCAACUCUUUUUUCGGAGCCUGAUCUUCUGGAUGUCUGGACCAACUACCCUCCACAUCCUUUGCAGGAACAAGUGCCAGAGGGCGAUAGAAAGUGGAUUGGCAUUGUUCCAUUGCUGAAGAAACUGAAUGAGUUUGAACAGUUGACUGGCAUUGAGUUCACCCACAUUAGACUGCUGGCAAAAGCCUUCACUCAUCGCAGCAUUGGAUUCAACAACCUCACACUGGGUUCAAACCAGAGGCUAGAAUUUCUGGGUGACACCGUCUUGCAGCUGGUUGCAUCUGAAUACCUCUACAAGUAUUUUCCAGAGCACCAUGAAGGUCAUCUGUCUCUUCUUCGAAGCUCUCUGGUGAACAACCGAACACAGGCAGUAGUGUGUGAUGACUUGGGAAUGGUGGAGUACGCUAUAUACCCAUACGCGAAGGCUGAGCUCAAGACCAAAGAUCGCGCCGACAUUCUUGAAGCUUUUCUUGGAGCGUUGUUUGUUGACAAGGGCUUGGAAUACUGCAAAGCAUUCUGCCAGGUGUGCUUCUUUCCACGACUACAGGACUUCAUUCUCAAUCAGGACUGGAAUGAUCCAAAGAGUAAGCUGCAACAGUGCUGCCUCACACUACGAUCCAUGGAUGGUGGCGAGCCAGAUAUACCCAUGUACAAAGUAAUUGAGUGCAAAGGACCGACCAAUACCAGAGUCUACACAGUGGCAGUCUACUUUAGGAGAAAAAGGCUUGCCACAGCAUCUGGCCACAGCAUCCAGCAAGCAGAGAUGGCUGCUGCCUCAAAAGCCCUAGAAGCAUCCAAAGAACUUUUCCCUCAGCUGAGCCAUCAGCGAAGAGUCCUUGAAAGAAUCCUUAAGCAACGAGCUCCAGGCAAAGAGGAUGAACCACCUACAAAGAAAUCGCGUGACGACUCUUCUACGGAUUCACGAAGCAGGCACAAUUCGUCGUCGCGAUCACAUGGAAGUCUCGACAGGAGGAGAACAAGUGGGGAAACAAAGAGGCGGUCAAGAUCCAGGAGUAGGGACACCUCAAAGCCAGAGGCCAGAAAGUCAAAGCAAGUGCUAUAAUUCAUAUUUCACUAUGAAAACAGUGUAAUGGGUUUGAAAGAAUGUUAUGUUUUGUAGUAUGAGGCGAAAUACGGCAGCAGGGUAGAAUAGAUGGAGAGGAUAGACUCUGCCUAUUCCUUCAUGUUUGCGUAUUUCGCCUUGUGCUACAAAACAUUCAUUCAAAUGCAUCACCAACAACCCCACAUUGCAACUCUUGUCGAGUGUAAUGGGGCUUCUUUGAAAGGGUCCUGAAACGUUCUCCAAAAAUUUAAACCACUUGUGUCUUCAUAAUCUUGGCAGUUCAUUCAAUACUAUACCUUGGCUCGUUUCAUCGACUGUGCUCACUGAAUACCUAAAAAAGUGCUGUUUCAGUUUCCCAGCUCACAAUCCUGUCAACUGUGCUGCUCACGUCACUUCAAGACAGCCAAUGAAAUCUUUGUCGUUGACAAAACAUGGCAACGCGGUGAUGUUUUUGAGCCUUCAUUCACUGUGCUUCGUAGCAUCAUACUGCUUGGCACCAUCACCACUAUCUGACCUUUCCGAACUACGGCGUCAUCUGCUUGAGCGGAGUCGGUUUUUGGGCUUUGAGCCGUAUGCUGACACACCCAUGCGAGUUCAUGAUCGGCCAUCGUCAGAGCAAAGCAGCAGUGACGGCGGCGAUGACGGCGAAGAAGCCUGCGCCCUCGAAGCACUCGUAUCAAGACUGCCUGGUAGAACCUUCCCUUGCAGAAGUCCUGACCAUGAACCUCCGCUUUGUAUGCCCAUACCAUCCGGGACCAUCGCGGUUGAUAGCUCGAAGCACUGCUCUGCACUGUGGCUUGCUGGACAGCUUGUGAGAGCGAACGCUGUUUCCACUUUGAUAACUUGUGCGUGUGGCACUGUCUAAUGACAUGCACGGUUGGCAUAGCAAGGAUUAAGCGCUGGACACGGUGCAAUUCAGCAUCCGAUUUGGCGUGUGACGUCCACACGGCGUACAACGAUUCGCGACACAUGAGGUGAACGAGACAUCAGGGCUCGGGCGCCGCCCACGUUCGGCACCUCAGCUUUCACACUCAGAAGACAUCGUAUCCUCUUUAAUCAAGCACAAAAUAAACAACCUCACACAGUCGUGCUUCAUUUUCUAAUAACACUGCCAACAAAGCUACCCCUUCGCGAGCAACAAACAUCGCCACAGCCCACAUUCAAUCUCGACUUCGAGCGUAGGCCUUGCAAGGUCGGCAUUCUCGGUAGUGCCGCUUACUUUCCAAUAUGAGCUCAUUCUCCAGCGUUCUUUUUUUCCUACAUCAUAAAAACUUGUGCACUUAUAUGAUCUUUUAUCAGUGCAACUUGUUUACUUGGCAGCCUCGAUGUAUAGAGCAGAGGUGAGAACGAAGCUGGCUGGUUCCCCGAGACGGCCGGUGCCACUGUUUGUUUACCUGCGAAAUGGCCUUCCAUCACGGCUCAAUACCUCAUUGGUGGUUCGGAAAAGAAUGUUGCCUUGCAAAAAUAGUGCACUUCAAGCAUCACUUUAAUAAAUCAUGAGUUAUUUCACGUCAGGAAUAGUUUAUCGAAUGUUUUCUAUAUCACCGGCAACGACGAUAUCCACAAAUACCAGCAGGAUCGGGGCUAUCGGAGUGGUGAGCAUGGCCUCCGAGAUAGAGGAUGCACAGGGGUUUCUCUCCAGCCAAUCCCAAUCGCAUAGAAAGAGCGUGUUUCAAGAAGUGGGCUUGGUCCGCUCUUUUCUUUGUAC